UUCCUCUUUCAUUUGUCGAAUCCCAUUACAAGGUUUCCAAUCAGUAUAUUAAAUCAGUAUAUUAAGGCUAUUCCAAAGAUGAUUUUCAAGGUUCUCUGUGAGUUUAAUGGCCGAUUUCGCCUUCUAAUGGCUUGGCUCCAUUUUAACUGGUCUGUACAUUGAUUGGCUCUAAUCGAGAAUGGAAAUCAGAAAAUUGAAAUUGAUCUGAUUCUUAUUGAUCAAAGACCGAAUCAAGCAAAUAGUUUUUAGGUCUGAUUUGAGUACACUGCGGCCUGCGUAGUUGUUUUGCUGGAAUCAUUUGAGUAUCCAUGGAAUUGAAGAAAAAAAGAAAUGGUUAAUAUAAUUGGAGCCGAUCGAUUUCAUGAAUCUGAUGAGGAAUUUGAAAGUGGAUACUUCACUUUGAAGCGGCUAAAUGCUGCUACUCAAAAUUUCAGUCAAGAAAAAAUUAGGAUCGGCAGGGGAAGCGUUUACAAGGGUAUUCUUCCUAAUGGGAUGAACAUCGCUGUUAAACGAAUAUAUAUAACUCGCGAAGAUACAAAAUCUGAGCUUCAAAAUGCAGUAAACAUGAUGUCUACCUUGAGACACCCAAAUGUUGCUAGACUGUUCGGACACUGCCCACUGAAAAAUGAAGGCCUACUUGUGUAUGAGUACAUGGAAAAUGGUUCUCUUGAUAGAGCUUUGUUUGGCAAUGAGAAUUUGAAGAAAAGACUCAAUUGGCACAUCAGAGUUCAAAUUUGCCUGGGAAUCGCAAAUGGCCUUGCUUUCUUGCAUCGCAAAGACCAAUCAAAAACCAUGAUUAUUCAUAGAGAUAUUAAGCCUGCAAAUAUUUUUCUUGACAAAUUUCUUAAUCCUAAGAUAUCUAAUUUUGAAUGCGCUAUGAUUUCUGGAGAAGAAGACACGGACUGCUCGACCAAUGUGGUUGGAACAUUGGGAUAUCUGGACCCUCAAUAUUGUAUUAAAGGUACCGUAAGUGAGAAGUCAGAUGUAUACAGUUUCGGAGUGGUCAUACUUGUACUAAUGAGUGGACAAGAGCAAAACAACAAGUUAUCAACUGCAGAUCAAACAAAAAACCUUCAGGGAAUUGCACAUGACUUGCAUAGAAAUGCAGAUCUUUUAUCACUGAUUGAUGAAGAGUUGAAGGAAAGCAUAACAACGAAAGACGCAACAAUGUUAUUGCAUUUGGCAAUCUUAUGUACAAAUCAUUCUCGUGAUUUGAGGCCUACGAUGUCAGAAGUAGUAAAGAUUCUUGAAGGAAAGACUAUAAUGAAGACUCCACCAGUCGAUCCACAAUAUUUUGAAGAAUACAAUUUUGUGGAUGUCAUGUCUGAUGUUGAAAGCAGCAGUUUUUCCACAGAGAUCGAGCUGGAUGACGAAGGGUCUGUUUCUGACCAUGGAAAUGAUGGGGUUGCAGCCGAGGCUUCUGAUCAGGCAAAGGUAAAGGAAGGAAUUGCUCACUCUGAAUUUAGUAACGAUUUUGUUUGUGAUGUAAAGGCAUUUUUAAGUGAGGGAGACGAAGUGAAUAGUAACCUUGAGUGUGUUGAAUGUUCUAAAGACACACAUGAGCAGUAUGAAACCAGAAGUUUCGAUUAUAGAUAUCUUGAGGUAGCUACUAAAAAUUUCAAUCCUGCAAACAAGAUUGGUCAAGGUUCUUCUGGUUCAGUUUACAAGGGUAUGCUUCCCAAUGGAAUAAUGAUUGCAGUGAAACAACUACAUGAUAAACCAGACCAAGGAAAGCUAGAUAUUUCAAAUGCAGUAAAUAUUUUUUCUACCCUUAGACACCCAAAUCUUGUUAGAUUAUUUGGUCACUGUACAGAGAAUGAUCAGCAAUCACUAGUGUACGAGUACAUGGAAAAUGGAUGCCUGAAUAAGGCUUUAUUUGGUCCAAUAAAUUUAAAGAAGAAACUUACCUGGCAGGCAAGAGUUAAAAUUAUCAAAGGAAUAGCAAGUGGUCUUGCAUUCUUAUACGAUAAUGACUUAAAAAUGAAUAUUGUCCAUGGAGAUAUUAAACUUUCAAAUAUCUUGCUUGAUAAAGAUCUUAACCCAAAGAUAUCUGAUAUUGGAUUGAUGACACAUUACCAUAGAGAAAUCACAGAUAUCAGCACCAGAUUUGCAGGAACAGUCGGAUACAUGGCCCCUGAAUAUGUUAUACAAGGAACGGUCACUGAGAAAAUAGAUGUCUACAGCUUUGGAGUAGUGAUCCUUGAACUUAUGACCGGAAAGAACAGAGUUCAGUGGAAAACGAAGCAUGAAGGUGCUUGCCUUCUAGAUUCGCCCUAUGAUUCAGUACAUAAAGGACAUCUCGUAGAGCUGAUUGAACAAGACAUGGAGAUGAACAUUCCAGCAGAAGGUGCGCAAAGGGUUGUGAGUUUGGCAUUUUCAUGUACACGUCAUAACCCUGAUCUAAGGCCCACUACGUCAGCAGUAGUGAGCAUUCUAGAACUAAGUAUUCCGAUAAACAGUGCUCCACCCAAUUUAAACUACACAGGAAGAUUCAACUGUAAAACAGAGUCCAUUGCUGACAUAUCAAUCUACAACUUAAGCAGCAGUACUUCAACCGAGAAUUGCAAUUCCGUAGAUGGUGCAUCUCACAAUAAUGAAGCGGGGGCUAUUCUGCAUUCCUCUCAUGUGCUACUUGUGGAGGAGGAAUACAAGAGUGAUAUUGAAUUGCUCCAGGACUUUGUUUCAGAUGGCAGUGUUUUGCUUAAUAAAGAAACGCGGAGUGAUGUGUCAUUGAGCCAGGCGAUUGUUGCGACAUAUGAGCCCUCUAAAUUAAAUGAUACACCAACUUUUCCAGCUCACGAGCAGUCACCCGUAAAGGAGCAAAAAACUAAGCUUGAAUUUGCUGAACCCUCCUUUGAAGAAGGAACGCUUCAUAUUGAGUGUUCAGAUGAAGAGUUCCAAGCUGGAUGUGAUCAAUGGAAGAAUUCUCUAGUAGGUUCUUUUAUGGGCGAGGAAGACUACUCCAAUAUAGACAUAAAGAUGGUUGAAGAACUAUGGGGGGUGAAAGGAAAUUUCUCCAUGUUCUCUAUUGGUAACGGAUUUUAUUUAUUUAAAUUUGGUUGUGCGGAAGAUAAGAUCAGAGUCCUAGAAUCAGCUGAUCUCUGGCAAAUCCAGCAGAGACAACUUAUUCUGAGAGAAUGGAACUGGAAGUUGAAUUUUGACAGAAUUGAAAUGGAAACUCUUCCCAUCUGGGUGAAGAUUUAUAACUUACCGCUCUUCCUUUGGAAUACUUCUUUUCUCAGCAAGAUUGGGAGUGGGUUAGGAAUACCCUUGUAUGCUGAUCGUAAAACAAACAAUCGAGGAAGAUUAGCUUAUGCCAUGCUUUGCAUAGAGGUUAAGGCUCAUACAUCACUGCCGGAGAAUUUGAUUAUCAUAGUGAGAGGAAUGGAAUAUCAGCUGGAUAUAGAAUAUGAUUUGAGAACCUUAAAGUUUGCAAAUUGCAGCACUUUUCGGAAUGUAGACUCGGAAUGUAGGUCGGAGAAGAAGGCCAUAAUGCAAAUCUAGGUUCAAAUACAUAGCCUGUAUCUUGUAUUUGGAAGUGGAAGGUUCUUAUAUAUUGCAAAUUUACGCUCUGCUUUCAGUUAAUCUAAUUUCAUUUAGUGGAAUGAGUUGGUGCCCAUGCUUUGUUACUUCUAUAUCAGGGGAUGGAUAAUUCAAUAAGUUGUCAAAUAAUCCAUUUUUUUAGUAUUUUGUUCGGAUGGAAAAUUUA